UUGAGAAGCCUCCAUAACCAAUGGUAUAUGUUUGUACACAUGCAGCCUGCUUCGCCAUGUCCCAUCCUUCAGGACAUGGGCUUAUGGGUUGGCCACCCUAUGCGGUGUGGAUAUGUGACGUCUUUAUAGGAAAUUCAUCAUGUGCAAAGAGUCUCUCUUGAAGAAUACUGACUUCCAACUUGCUUGAGUUAUAUAAUUCCUAGGCAUGCUCUCAGUAUCAUCCAUGCAAGGUGAGGUCGGUGUAAGUGGCACAAGCAAAGAUGGUGCUUAAUCGAUGGCUACUUUUAAUGCUAUUGGCGCUACUACAUGAGGUGACAGGUACCAUGGUAAAGCUUAACAAUGGUGGAUUUGAAGAUAUUGUUAUUGCAAUUAACCCUGGGUUACCAGAAGACAACAAAAUAAUUGACAACAUAAAGGUUAUGGUUAAAGAGGCCUCUAAUUAUCUCUUCUCUGCUACAAAGAAACGGUUUUAUUACAAGACAGUCAAGGUUAUAAUUCCUUUGACAUGGACACCCAAGCCUGAAUAUAACAGAAUAACCAUAGAAUCUUAUGACAAGGCCGACGUCAUAGUGGCAGAGCCUUUCCUGAAAUAUGGAGAUGAUCCCUAUACCUUGCAGUACGGAGGGUGUGGGAUACACGGACGAUACAUCCAUUUUACAUCUAACUUCCUGACAAACAAUUUAGAUGCUAUUUAUGGAUCACGAGGCAAAGUUUUUGUCCAUGAGUGGGCUCAUCUCAGAUGGGGAGUCUUUGAUGAAUAUAAUAGUGAUGCACCUUUCUAUACAUCUGGGAUUAAUCAGGCUGAAGCAACAAGAUGCUCAGCCGGUGUCACUGGACAAUAUAAAUUCCGAACUAGCGCAGGAACACUCAGAAACUGCAAAUUUGACCACCGAACUCAGGUAUACGAGGCUGGAUGCCAAUUUUAUCCAGACAAGAAACAGAGUACUCCAGCGUCUAUAAUGUACAUGCAAAGUCUCUCUUCAGUUACUCAGUUUUGUGAUGAAACUAACCAUAACCGUAAUGCAACAAAUCUGCAGAACAAACAAUGCAGCUACAGAAGCACAUGGGAAGUCAUUAUGAACUCUACUGACUAUGUUAAUUCAUCUCCACUAAGUGCUCCUCCACCAGAACCCAUUUUCUCCCUGCUGCAAGCACAAGACAGAGUUCUGUGUCUAGUACUUGAUGUUUCUGGAAGUAUGAUUGGAAGUCGCAUUGCUCGUCUGAAACAAGCUGCAGAACUAUUCAUCUUACAGAUUGUUGAAAGUGGUUCCUGGGUUGGAAUCGUCACAUUCAAUAGUGCAGCAACAAAGAAAAGUGAUUUGAAACAGAUUGUCAGUAACAGUGUGCGCCAAAAUCUUAUAGGCUAUCUGCCUACUUCAGCUAAUGGAGGAACCAGCAUAUGUUCUGGAAUACGUCUAGGAUUUCAGGUAGUUGCACAAAAGUAUUCAACUACUGAAGGCUGUGAAAUUGUGCUCUUGACUGAUGGAGAAGAUUCAACUGUAGCCUCUUGCUUUAGCGAAGUUAAAAGUAGUGGGUCUAUCAUUCACACCAUUGCUUUGGGGCCAAGUGCUGAAAAAGAACUAAACAUGUUGGCAGACAUGACAGGAGGUUUGAAAUUUUUUGCCACUGAUAGUUUGGACACCAACGGCCUCAUAGAUGCGUUCAGUGGAAUUUCAUCAGGAAGUGGAAAUAUCAGUCAACAAUCUAUUCAGCUUGAAAGUAAAGGAGAAACCAUCAAGCCCAGCCAGUGGCUGGAUGGUACUGUAACCAUUGACAAAACUGUGGGAAAUGACACUUUCUUUGUAGUGACUUGGAGUGUGAGCACGUAUCCACCAGGAAUUUUUCUGAGAGAUCCCAAAGGGAAAAAGUACAGUCAAACAGACUUUACCAUUGAUCCUACGAAUCGGAAAACAGCUCGACUCCAGAUUAACGGAACUGCAGAGGUGGGUGAUUGGACAUAUACGAUUCAGAAUACACACUCAGCAGCUCAAGUCCUGUCAGUGACGGUCACCACCCGAGCAGCAAAUGCAUCUCUGCCCCCAGUGACUGUGAAGCCCUAUAUGAAUGCAGAUACCAAUAACUAUCCUAAUCCAAUAAUCAUUUAUGCAGAAGUCAGCCAAGAGUUUUCCCCUAUUCUUGGUGCAAAUGUCACAGCCACAGUUGAAUCAGUAUCAGGAAAAACUACAGAGCUACAGCUUUUUGACAAUGGAUCAGGUGCCGAUAUUCUAAAGCAUGAUGGAAUCUACUCAAAGUAUUUCACAGCUUUCAAAGAAAAUGGUAGAUAUAACAUAAAAGUGCGUGUCCAAGGAAGAGACAAAACUGUCAGACGGGGCCGCAGACAGAAUCGAUCUAUCUACGUACCAGGUUAUGUAGAAGAUGGUGAAAUAAUAAUGAAUCCACCAAGACCUGAACCUAGUGAAGAUGACAUUGAAGCAAACCUAGGAAAAUUCAGCAGAACAGCAUCAGGAGGUUCUUUUGUAAUGGCAAACGUUCCUCCUGGAAAUCCCCCAGAUAUUUUCCCACCCUGUAAAAUCACUGACCUGGAGGUAGAGCUCAAAGAUGAUGACGAAUUCCUUUUGUCAUGGACAGCUCCUGGGGGUGACUAUGAUGAAGGCAAAGCGGAAAGAUAUGAAAUAAAAAUGAGUGAAAAUCUUGAGGAAUUAAGAAAUAAUUUUCAUAGUGCCCUUUCUGUGAACACUUCUGGUCUAACCACGGAAGUUGCCGGGGUGAAACAAUCCUUUCAGUUUAAGCCAGAAAACAUCAGAGAAGAUAACGGCACCACAAUCUUCUUUGCAAUUCGAGCCAUCGAUAACAGCAGCAAUGCUGGUGAAACAUCUAAUAUAGUAAAAACAGUUCGGCUUCUUGCCCCAUUGCCUAGUACUCCCCCAACCCACACUAGUAGCAAUAAUACCACCCCUACGAGUAGCAGCACUAAUGCUUCUACUGAUGAAAACAACUCCCCAGUGUUAAAUACUGUUACCAUAAUCAUAAUCAUAGUAUGUGUUGCUGUAAUUAUCAUUUGUGCUAUUAUAAGUAUAACAAUUUGUGUUGUAAAUAAGCGAAAAAUCGUAAGACCUGAAACUGGACUGUAAUAAUAAUAAUAGGUAGGACUCAUAAACUAUACAAUGAAGAUAAAUUAAUAUAUGUGCUAUUUAGAAACGUGAAAGUUUAAACAUCCCCUCUCUAUAUGUGCUUAUGGACCACGAGGUAGGUAGUAUCGGUUAAUUAAAAUUUCCAUUUUUAUUAUUAAAAUGCUAUUUAUGGAUGGAAGUGUUUUAUUGAAUACUGGAAAACAAUAAUAAUAUAGAAAUUAACAUAUAUUCUUGUUUUGCUACUUUUAAAAUCAUUGGAAUUGGAAGAUAUGUAAAACUUGAUCUUACAUACUUUUUAGUCUAUUUGAUAUUUAAUUCAUUCUUGGAUGUUUAUGUGGGGUGAUAUGAAAUAUUUAAUCUAUUUGAUUCUAAAUCCAUUCCUAGGUGUUUAUAUGUGAUGUUAUGUUGGGUACUUUUGCUGAGUAACUAAUAAAAUUGAACGUUCAUAGUGAUUGUGCUGAAUGAUGAUAUGCUGUAUAACGUUUUAUGUAUUAAUAAAAGCCAAUUUCAACAAAUAAAAUGUUAAAUAGUCAAGGUUUUGAAGGAUAAUAAAAUAAGAUAGAUUUUUUUAAAAAAA